AUGGAAAUUUCGGAGCCCAGCAUCGGCAUUUUCUACAUUAGCAAAGUGCUGGCUCUGGCCCCGUAUGUCGCCAGUCGGAACUCUAAGAGCCAGGUGGAAAUCCGCCGCAGCUGGGUGUUCACCAUCUACUCAGCCACCUUGACAGUGGUAAUGGUUUGCCUCACCUAUCGGGGGCUGCUGUUCGAUGCAAAUUCGGAAAUACCCGUCCGUGCAUCUUUUAGAAUGAAAUCGGCUACGUCGAAGGUGGUAACGGCCCUGGACGUGUCUGUGGUGGUCAUGGCCAUAGUAUCUGGUGUUUACUGUGGUCUCUUCAGCCUAAAGGACACGCUAGAGCUGAAUGCACGUCUCACUAAGAUUGACAACACGUUGAAUGCCUACAAUAACUUCAGGAGGGAUCGAUUACGAGCCUUGGGAAUGGCUACAGUCUCCCUGGUUGCCAUAGCCUUGUUGGUCGGGCUGGAUGUUGGAACCUGGAUGCGGAUUGCCCAGGAUAUGAAUAUUGCGCAGUCGGAUACGGAGCUCAAUGUACAUUGGUAUAUACCCUUUUAUGGCCUUUACUUCAUCCUUACUGGCCUGCAAAUCAACUUUGCGAACACCGCCUAUGGACUGGGUAGGCGUUUUGCCCGUUUGAACCUGAUGCUUGACAGCAGCUUCCUUGGGGAGCACAAAGACUGCAGUUCGUCGAAGCCGCUUAAGGUAAACACCGUAAAGAGCAUCAGCAUGAAACCUCUGCCGAUGCCUUCGGCGCUACAUGCGAGUCUGACCAAGCUAAGCAGCGAGACCCUGCCUAGCGAAUCAACAGGUGACAGUCGCAGUCUUAUCCUGAACGUGGAGUUACUCAAACUGGUCCCUUUUCCAGCCAAGAACAAGGGACUCCUGCUCAAAGCCAUGGCCGACAGCCACGAGUCGCUGGGCAAGUGUGUCCUGCUCCUUUCCAACUCCUUUGGCGUGGCGGUGCUUUUCAUCCUGGUGUCUUGCCUGUUGCAUCUGGUGGCCACCGCAUAUUUUCUCUUCCUAGAGUUGCUCAGUAAGCGGGAUAACGGCUACUUGUGGGUGCAGAUGCUCUGGAUAUGCUUUCACUUUCUCCGCCUGCUCAUGGUGGUGGAGCCAUGCCACCUGGCUGCACGUGAGUCACGCAAGACCAUACAGAUCGUGUGCGAGAUUGAGAGGAAAGUGCAUGAGCCGAUACUGGCCGAGGCAGUUAAGAAGUUCUGGCAGCAGUUGUUAGUGGUAGAUGCCGACUUCUCCGCCUGCGGCCUGUGUCGCGUGAAUCGCACUAUACUGACAUCGUUCGCCUCGGCCAUAGCCACCUAUUUGGUCAUACUUAUUCAGUUUCAAAAGACCAACGGAUGAGAUAAGCAGGCAA